GAAUCUCAAUGAGCCAAUAGAAGAGUGCGUUUUUGGGAUGUCAACGCGUGUUCAGCAUAGUGCUUUGAGAUUUUAUAGUACUGGGAAGAGGUCAAACUUUUGAGCUGGAGCUAGGGGACGGGUUUUGCUGUGUGUGAGUCCAAGAUUCAGGGAACCGUCUAGAAAUGGCUGGCAAAGUCUUUGAAACACUUGGCAAGUUGGGUCUGGGCCUGGCUGUCGUUGGUGGAGUCAUGAAUUCAGCACUUUACAAUGUUGAUGCUGGACAUAGGGCAGUGAUAUUUGACCGGCUAAGUGGAGUUCAGGAUACAGUGAUUAAUGAAGGCACUCAUUUUCUUAUUCCAUGGAUUCAGAAACCAAUCAUCUUUGACUGUCGUUCACGCCCUCGUAAUGUUCCUGUUAUCACAGGAAGCAAAGAUUUACAGAAUGUGAAUAUUACACUGCGUAUCCUGUUCAGACCAAUAGCCAAUCAGCUUCCUAGAAUCUAUACCAGCCUUGGAGAAGAUUAUGAUGAGAAAGUGCUGCCAUCCAUCACCACGGAGAUCCUCAAAUCUGUUGUUUGGAAGUUUGUCACUUCUGACUUAAGUAGCAUGAAGAAGAUGGUGCAGAGAGCAGUAAACAGAGACUGACAGCAUGAAGCUGCCACCAUUGACCACCAGUUUGGCAUAUUGCUUGAGGAUGUGACACUAACACACCUUACAUUUGGGAAGGAGUUCACAGAAGCUGUAGAAGCUAAACAAGUAGCCCAGCAAGAAGCUGAAAGAGCCAGAUUUGUUGUGGAAAAGGCAGAACAACAGAAAAUGGCAACAGUCAUUACAGCAGAAGGAGAUGCCAAAGCUGCAGAGUUGGUCGCUUCAUCUUUGACCAUCGCUGGAGAUGGCCUUGUGGAGCUUCGAAAAUUGGAAGCAGCAGAAGACAUUGCAUACCAGCUGUCCCGUGCUCGUAAUGUCACAUACCUUCCUUCUGGACAGACAACUCUGCUGCAGCUGCCACAAUAAAUUUAUCCAUCUGUGUUUCGGUGAAAGAAAAAGACUGAAUCACAUUUUUGUAGGUUUAAACUGAAUUAUGUUUUCUUAAGCACUAAAGUUAAUUUAAUAUUUUUGUAACAAAAUAAAAUGCCACCUAUCCUUAGUGUUAAUCCCUCUGUGAUUUAAGCAUUUUGGGAGUAACUCUGCAAACAGUUUUAAUGUUGUUGCAACAGUUUUGGGGAUAGGUAGAAAAUAAAUUGAAAUUACAG